AUGCCACCCAAUAGACGUGAGAUUCAGCGACAGCUGAUGGAAAAAUACAACAUCAUUUUUGAUGGGCCAAUUGACUCAAUCGCCAAUCCUCAGUGGCCGAGCAAUUGCAACACCAUCUUUGACCACAUUCGGCGUCUGGGUAAAACCGAUUACCCAGAAUACCGUGAGAGCAUAACAGCAGAUUCCGCGCGGUUCCCAUGGAGGCACCAGGUUCAGCGGCGCGUGAAACGAAUUACAGAGAGCGCCAAACGCUGCUUGAAGAGCAGGAAGAAUGAAAGCGGAUGGCGUCUAGCGCUCGAGUCCGAAGUCAUGGCCCGAUUCUCUGUAGAGAUCGCGUGUCGGAAUUGCCGUGGCCGACUUUGGCGCUCUGAACAAGAAGCCGACCCAAGCACUCAAGCGGCUGAGGAGGGUGAUGCCAAUUCUCUCAGGGCUCGACAGAGGAAACGCAAGCCCUGCACAUGUAAUCCCAACGACUUGUCACGAGACAUACAAGAGCAGGGAAUUAGCCCCUUGUUCGACGAUAGAGCUGAAGAAGGGAUAGUCUACUCCAGUGAAUUGCGAGCGGAGCUCCCGAAGCGCGAGCAUCGCCCUGAUCGUGUUUAUGGACUCCAUGUUACCGAAAGACUUUCUCGGCUACUCAGCUACGCCGAGGAUGUCAGGAGUAGUCCGUUUAGGCUUGACGGGGAUCCUCUUGUGUUUCCCUUUCUCGUCAUUGAGGCCAAAUCCGAGAAGAGCACUGAUAGUUUCACCAAUAACCAGGUUCAGACUGCCUUCGCUAUUCGAGAGCUCCUGUCCAUACAGCACGAACUAUCGCAGGCUACCAAUGAAAGGAGAGAAUGGGAUGGAGGUCCACUUGUUUGGUUUCUAUCCUAUAGAGGCGAGGAGUGGAGAGUAUCCGCCGCCUUCAUCCAUACAACCGCCGAAAAGAUAUUUUAUAGAGUCGUUCUUCUUUGGAGUGGCUGUGUCGACUCGCUGGGUGGAGCACUUCAACUUCUCCUCAUCAUCGACUAUAUUGCUGACUGGGCGCGGGAUAUCUACCGUGAGGGCAUUGUACACAGCCUGCAAAAGUUUGCACCCCAUGAUUCAGAAAGCUUGAGACGCGAUGUUGACAUCCCCUCAAAGGCUGGCAAUGUUGCACGGUGGAUUGCCAGUAACCUCAGCAACAGUGACAACGCAACGAGUCAGCCCAUCGGAGACCCUCUGCGCAAAUUCGACAGCGAAGCAGGAGUUUUUCGAGACGCUAGAUUUGUCCGGUCCCAUUGCAUUGGUGUAGCUAUCACACACCACAAUGUAGAGCCGUUCCUGAGAACAGCCACGACGAACAGGGAGACAAGCGACCUGAUAUUCUCCCUUUUAGGGAAUUUAAUAGGACCCUGUCUCGUCAAGGGCCAGAUGCUCAACGACUUGGAACUCCUGUGGACAGAUACUGACCGCAGUCUGUCUGACAUACUACACCCAGAAGAUGUCUUCUACGUUGUUUUUGCUGCAACAUUUCAUCUCAGCCCGAGUUGGGAGCCAGUGAGAGAACUCACCUAUCUAGCAGUCUCACAAAAGCUUGUUCAAGACUCCGUCCAAUCCUCGCCAGACUCACUUCCAAGUAUCGUACUCUUUGAAACAGCACCUAUGAUUGAGACAUUGGAAGGAUUCCGAGGUCUUCUGCAUCUAUCAGCCGAGGAUAACUUGGCUGCCUGUCUCUACAACCUUUGUAUUCAAGUUGACACAGAACCCAGCGCUCGAGAUUCCGAAAUUAACUUCGUCUGGAAGAAACUACCGACUUUUGCGACAAACGAUAAUCGAGCUGCAAAGAAGCCGAGAGUUCUUCGUGCUUGCUCCCGGCCUGGAGCAAGUAGAUUCGUGCAUAAACUCUACUCCAGGUACAGGAUUGGAAGGAACGAACCAACCGUGUCAUUCUUUCGUGUAUCGUCGGCAAUGGAUCAGUUGGCUACUGCAGAAGAUUUGCGAAAGCGACCUCAGCUUCUAGAUGAGACGAUCUGGCCAUGGAGAAAGGAUAAAGAAUGGAAAUCUGCGAGGGCAUCAACCAGGGAGUUCUUGAUUGCCAGGAAAGCUGCUGAGGUCACGUACUUUCAAGCAGAGCUGUGCAUAUUUAUCCUCGAUGUGUCACUGGCUGUGAAAGGCAUCCCACGGACUCUGUUUUCAUGCCCACCGGAGACUCACGUACUUAUGUUCAAAUACGGAGACGAUCCCGACGCUACUGAUCGGUGGAGAUCAACGUUGUAUUCAUAA